CACACAAUACCCGACGCAUGGUGGUCUGUGCAACGAAACAGAGAUCCGCCGCGUGUAGAUCGAUCACGCUUCACACAAAGGGACCACCACAACACCCCGUGUACUUCUUGCAUUUCUAGCGCCGUCAAGAUGGCGAACAUUGACGCACUUCGACCCUACUCACCAAGGAAAUCUUCGAUGACUUUUUGGUCCCGACAUGACCCCGUCAAACUCCCCCAGGGCUACACAGACCACUGGACCAAGAUGCAUGCGAAGUGCACUACUUUUCAGGUUGCCAUGCCCUCCGGGAAAGUUAUCAGUCACGGAGGUCUCCUUGCGCAACGGGCACCGAAGACCGAGCAGGUUGCCACCUUUGAGUACACGAGCAACGGCACGCUCAAGCGGGUCGGGGACCCGACCUUCACCCAGGUCGUGGUGUCGGGGCUGAACGGAACCUUACCGGGGAACUAUGACAGAAAGCGGCAGGUGCCAGGCAGUGCCCGGUCGCUUAGGACAAGCUUUAAUGACAAGGCAAGGGAGGGGUUCAACUACUGGCAGAUUGACAGACCCAAACCUACCAAAUUUGGUCGCUGCGGAAUUGGAUCAGCGAACACUAUACUUGGACUCGGCAAUUCCAUUAGGACGUGAAGCACAUACGGCAUCAAUCCACGGUAAUCGGCCUUUUAGCAUAUAUGGCAAAUGUAAGCUAAUUUAUUAGCUUCUAUUCUAGCUUAUAGGGCCCAUGCAAUGUAUUUUUUUAAUGCAAUCCUUCGAAAUACACGUCGCAUUUAACCCUAUUUUCAAUUUUCGUUUUGCCAUUUUCAAGGGUAUUUUGGUGCCUUUUUUUGUUUUAUGCCACUUUCCAUAUUCAUGCGCAAAAGUGUGAUGUCAUUUCCGGCAGAAACCUCAAUGUUACAGCUAUAUUUCAGCACCAAAACUCCCCAGAAUUUGGAUAAUUCGCUGUCGUUACUUUUCUUUUCUUUGGCGAUUCGUUGUUGUGUCAGUACAUGACAGUGUGCCAAUGAGCAAACUUUUCUCACAAAUAUUUCACUAAGCAUUUUUUUGGGCUCACAGUUUGAACAGAAAACCCCUGAAGUGAACAGUGAUGUCUUCUUCACAUGACAUCACAGUGGGGUCUGCUCAUAAAUCCGACGCCUCAUAGGUCCGACGCCUCAUAAGUCCGACAAAAUCGCAUACCCUAACCAAAUAAAGACCCAUAACUCCGACGCCUCAUA